AGUUUACGAUCAUUAGAAGGAGUAUGUUACUUGUCUUCCCCCGUUACAGGGAAACGAGUUGCUACGACGCCGUUCUGUGUUUUCUCCCUCCGCGGUCAAGCCAAGCGUAGCGGUGUUGUUUUUUCGGUUCAGAAUCGGAAAUCAGAAAUUGGAAGCGGAAGAAGAAUAGUAUCGCUCACGCAAUAGGGAAGGGAAGAUGAGUAGGAACGAUUCCAAGUACUUCUCCACCACCAAGAAGGGUGAAAUCCCUGAGCUCAAGGAAGAGCUCAAUUCUCAGUACAAGGACAAAAGAAAAGAUGCUGUCAAAAAAGUUAUUGCAGCAAUGACUGUUGGGAAGGAUGUCUCGUCAUUGUUCACAGACGUAGUGAAUUGCAUGCAAACAGAAAAUUUGGAGCUCAAAAAGUUAGUGUACUUAUAUCUGAUAAAUUAUGCAAAGAGCCAGCCUGACCUAGCAAUACUUGCUGUGAAUACAUUUGUUAAGGAUUCACAAGAUCCAAAUCCUUUGAUCCGCGCCUUAGCUGUACGUACAAUGGGCUGCAUUCGUGUUGAUAAAAUUACUGAAUAUCUGUGCGAUCCCCUUCAAAGAUGCCUGAAGGAUGACGAUCCAUAUGUUCGUAAGACAGCAGCUAUUUGUGUUGCCAAACUUUAUGAUAUAAACGCAGAGUUAGUUGAGGACAGGGGUUUUUUGGAGUCUCUGAAGGAUUUGAUAUCUGAUAAUAAUCCAAUGGUUGUUGCUAACGCUGUUGCAGCACUUGCUGAAAUUCAGGAAAACAAUAGUAGACCUAUUUUUGAGAUCUCGAGUCACACUCUGUCAAAGCUCCUCACAGCUUUAAAUGAAUGUACAGAAUGGGGUCAAGUUUUCAUAUUAGAUGCUCUUUCUAGAUACAAGGCAGCUGAUGCUCGUGAAGCUGAGAAUAUAGUGGAAAGAGUUACUCCUCGCUUACAGCAUGCCAAUUGUGCAGUUGUUCUGUCUGCUGUUAAGAUGAUCCUUCUGCAAAUGGAGCUUAUCACCAGUACUGAUGUGGUUCGGAAUCUGUGCAAAAAAAUGGCCCCUCCUCUUGUGACAUUACUCUCUGCAGAACCUGAGAUACAAUAUGUAGCACUGCGAAAUAUCAAUCUUAUAGUACAAAGAAGACCGACAAUUCUUGCUCAUGAAAUUAAGGUUUUUUUCUGCAAGUACAAUGAUCCCAUCUAUGUAAAAAUGGAAAAGUUAGAGAUUAUGAUCAAACUUGCUUCAGACCGAAAUAUAGACCAGGUUUUGUUAGAAUUUAAGGAGUAUGCUACUGAAGUUGAUGUGGAUUUUGUAAGAAAGGCUGUUCGAGCAAUUGGUCGCUGUGCUAUCAAAUUGGAGAGAGCUGCUGAAAGAUGCAUUAGUGUUUUGCUUGAGUUGAUCAAGAUAAAAGUAAAUUACGUGGUUCAAGAGGCAAUCAUUGUUAUCAAAGAUAUAUUUAGAAGAUAUCCCAACACAUAUGAGUCCAUAAUUGCAACACUUUGCGAGAGCUUAGACACCUUGGAUGAGCCAGAAGCAAAGGCAUCAAUGAUCUGGAUAAUUGGUGAAUAUGCGGAAAGAAUUGACAACGCAGAUGAACUUCUUGAAAGUUUCUUGGAAAGUUUCCCGGAAGAACCUGCACAGGUCCAACUACAGUUGCUGACUGCUACUGUCAAACUUUUCUUGAAGAAGCCUACUGAGGGCCCCCAACAGAUGAUUCAGGUUGUUUUGAACAAUGCCACUGUGGAGACAGAUAAUCCUGAUUUGCGAGAUCGUGCAUACAUAUAUUGGCGUCUCCUUUCUACUGAUCCUGAGGCUGCUAAGGAUGUUGUGUUAGCUGAGAAGCCUGUGAUAACUGAUGAUUCAAAUCAACUUGAGCCUUCUCUACUUGAUGAGCUUCUUGCUAACAUUGCUACACUAUCCUCUGUUUACCACAAGCCUCCAGAUGUUUUUGUAACUCGUGUACUCUCUUCAGCUCAGAGAACAGAAGACGAAGACUAUGUUGAGGGAAGUGAAACAGGGUUUUCUGAUGCAAAUCCUGCUAAUGGUCCUGCAUCACCACCUACUGGCAGGCAAUUAGCACCUGCAUCUGCAACAGGUGCACCAGCCACACCUCCAUCUGUUGCACCUCUGCCAGAUUUACUUGGCGAUUUGAUGGGCAUGGAUAAUUCUAUUGUUCCUGUUGAUCAGCCAGCUACUCCUUCUGGGCCUCCACUACAUAUUUUACUGCCUGCUUCAACUGGUCAGGGGUUACAAAUUAGUGCACAGCUGACUAGACAAGAUGGUCAAAUAUUUUAUAGUUUGUUGUUUGAGAACAACAGUCAGGUUACUCUUGAUGGCUUCAUGAUUCAAUUUAACAAGAACACAUUUGGUCUUGCAGCUGCUGGACCCCUGCAGGUUCCACAGCUGCAACCUGGAACGUCAGCUAGGACACACCUCCCUAUGGUUACAUUCCAGAACAUGUUGCAAGGUCCUCCUAGCUCACUUUUACAGGUUGCUGUAAAAAACAAUCAACAACCUGUGUGGUAUUUCAAUGAUAAAUUCUCGUUACAUGUAUUCUUUACCGAGGAUGGUAGAAUGGAACGUUCCAGUUUUCUAGAGACAUGGAGGUCCCUUCCUGAUUCAAACGAGGUUUCCAAGGACUUCCCAGCCAUUGUGAUUGGCAGUGCAGACGCAACUCUGGAACGACUGGCUGCAUCAAACAUGUUCUUUAUUGCAAAGCGCAAGAAUGCUAACCAGGACGUGUUUUACUUCUCAGCUAAACUCCCUAGAGGUGUACCAUUCUUAAUUGAACUUACCACAGUGAUUGGAAACCCUGGCGUCAAAUGUGCAAUCAAGUCUCCUAGCCCUGAAAUGUCAGCACUUUUCUUCGAAGCCAUUGAGACUCUUCUCAUGGGUUAAUGGGUUUUAAAUUUUGCCUUUUCUUUUAGUUUUGUUUAUAUAUUGUAUUUUGUUAGCAUAUUUGAUAUACAGGUGUGGUAUAUCGUAUCUGGAAAGAAAAAUUCCACCGACUCUUUUUGUCGUCCUGGCUGUAUUUUACUACUGCCAUUUUUGCCGUAAUUAGCACCAUGGAUGCAGUUGUGCUCUUUGGACCGCUUUUAUUCUUCAACAGGUUGUAGUAUUGCGUUCUUUGUAAAGUGAUUAAAUUUCUGAUGCUUUUA